AUGGUGAAAUACAGAUGGACCCUACUCUUACUGUCUCUUCUAUUGCUUGCAGGAAUGCAGCUUUCUACUGCAAUGGCAGCUUCAGCAGGUUGCCCCUUAAAUAUAAGUGAUUAUAACGUUAGCCGUGCUGCCAUCAUUUGUUCUGACACAAAAUCUAGAGCAAGUUGUUGUCGUUAUAUCAACGCUCUUGUUGCAGUUUCUAUUGUUCGUUAUGCAAAUAUAACCAACAACCUAGGAGUUACUCCAGAAUUAUCCAAUAUUUGCCUCCAGACUAUAUCCGAUACUUUAGAACUACAUGGAAUGACAAAAAAUGCUACAGUUUUCUGUGGAUUUGGGACGAAAAUUCCUGUCAAUUACGAGUGCCUUGGAAUAACAACCGUCAACCAGAUGCUGCAAUCUCCAAAAUUUUCCAAUGUCACUCUAAAUUGCAGAGUGCCAUUCUUAGGCGAAGAUGGUUGUAAGAAGUGUUUGAAUGCUGGCAUCUUGUAUCUAAGGAACGUAGUGGGAGCUGGGAAUAAUACAACAUUGAGCACUUGCAGGGAUGCAGCGUUUGUCGCUCUUGCUAGCCAAGUUGAUGGUGUCUCUGCGAUUGAGAUUGCCGACUGCUUCUUUGGAGUUCAAGGGCUUGCUAAUGCUCCAGUUUCAGGAUCCACCCCUUCUUCAUUUUCACCCAAGUCAUCUCCAAGUCCGUUUGUUGCUGCCAGCCCAAGUCAGCUCUCUUUGAGUGUACCUAAUAUUGGAAAACACCAUUCCUACCAUCUAUCAUUGGUUCCUGGUAUUGGCAUCGCAGUUACAGCAGUGGCCACUAUGAUGCUGGUACUAAUGGUUUUCCUUAUUCGUAGGAAAAGUAGAGAACUGGAUGGGCAUGACAUGAUGACUGAUAAAACCUCGAUAAAAAUGUUCCAAGAAGUUUAUGCAGGUCCAUCAUCAAUGUUUAUGAAGUUCAGCUAUAGGGAGGUGAAAAAAGCAACCAACAACUUCAGUACUCUUAUUGGACAAGGUGGAUUUGGCACUGUAUACAAAGCUCAAUUUAGUGAUGGUUCUACAUUAGCAGUGAAGCGUAUGGAUAAAGUUUCAGAACAGGCUGUGGAAGAAUUCUGCAGAGAAAUAGAGCUUCUUGCUAGACUUCAUCACCGUCAUCUUGUUGCCUUAAAAGGAUUUUGCAUUAAAAAACACGAAAGGUUUCUCAUGUAUGAAUAUAUGGCAAAUGGGAGCUUAAAGGAUCAUCUUCACACUCCAGGUAUAGCUCCGCUGAGUUGGCAGACAAGAAUACAAAUUGCAAUUGAUGUGGCAAACGCUUUGGAAUACCUCCACUUCUACUGUGAUCCUCCUCUAUGCCAUAGAGACAUCAAGUCCAGCAAUAUAUUACUUGAUGAGAAUUUCAUAGCAAAGGUUGCAGACUUUGGCCUUGCAUAUGCUUCUAAAGAUGGAUCCAUCUGCUUUGAACCAGUCAACACAGAGAUCAGAGGAACUCCAGGUCACAUGGAUCCUGAAUAUGUUGUCUCUCAAGAACUAACCGAAAAGAGUGACAUCUACAGUUACGGAGUUGUACUGUUAGAGUUAGUGACCUCUAGACGAGCUAUACACGACAACAAGAAUUUGGUCGAGUCUUGCCAGUCCCUUAUGGCAUCAGAAUCAAGACUCGGGGAGCUCGUAGACCCCGCCAUUGGCGACUCCUUUGACUUGGAUCAACUUCAAACGGUUGUAACCAUUGUGAAAUUGUGUACCCAGAGAGAAGGGAGGGGCAGACCUUCAAUUAAGCAAGUACUAAAGCUUUUAUACGAGUGUGCUGACCCCAUGCAUAACGGGUUUAUUGAAGCUGUGGAAGAUGAAAGAGGAAGGACAAGUAAAGGCAAGAUGCACAGAAGAGAUGGGAUGUUUCAAAGUUGGGAUGGUCAGGGUCCAGCCUCUUCGUCUAGUACAUCACGGUCGUAUUGUAGUAGAAGUUUUCUACUGGAGACCGGAUCACCUCAAUCUCCUUCAAAUGCACCCUCCAUUUAAAGUUCAAAAAUCGAAGAUGCUUUGGUAGUUGUACGGUACAAGUGCUCCAAUCCAUUUGUAAGAUGUACAGUACAACCACCCUUGGAUGGGUUUCAUAACGUUUUUAUUGCUAAGAAGUCGGAAUGGGGUUCUGUGAGCGAUGAAGCGUUUUGCAGGUAUGUUUUCAAAAUUGUAGAGUAUGAGGUUUUAGAAUCAAACAUUGAAUUGGCAAUGGUUGAGAUAGAUAUAGUUUUGAGUUUUGUAUGUUAAAAAUUUUGUUCAGAAAUAUCGUUUUUGUAGGUAUGUUAUGAGUU